UGUAUCCUCUGCUCUCCCUCCUCUCCCUCCUCUCCCCUCCUCUCCCCUCCUCUACCUAUCUGAAUUAUAAAUAGAAUCGAGUCUUACGAUUUCUACUAGGAUUUUGCUAGAACCCUGUCAAUUGUGUGCGGGGUUCAACAUCUCCCCUCGGUGAGUUUUCCCUUUCCUCUCCUUUUUUUUUUUUUCAUCAAUCAUGUCGCUCCUCCAACACCCCGAGCCGGACAUGGCAAAGAGCCAGGAAGAUCUAGAGACAGGCAGUGAGCCAGAUAUUGCCGAGAUCGAGCGUAUCUACCGAAAACUUGACUUCCGGAUUAUACCUGCAUUCUGGGUUCUGUAUUUCCUCUGUUCGGCAAUUCGAUCCAACGUCGGCCUGGCCCAAACCAUGAACAAAGAGUCCGGACAUGAUCUGGGCUCGGUGCUGCACUUGACUCCGCACCAGGUCUCGACGGGGCUGGCGUUGUUCUACGUGUGCUAUGUGGUCUUUGACCUGCCUUCGAACCUGAUUAUGACGAGGCUCAGUCCGCAGGUAUGGAUGAGCCGGAUUGUGAUUGGAGUCGGCGUUAUCGGUAGUUGUAUGGCUGCUAUGAAGGCUGCUUGGAGUUUAUACCUCCUCCGUCUCCUCCUCGGCAUCGUCAUCGCAGGCAUGUGGCCCGGAAUGGCCUACUACCUCACCCUCUUCUACCCACCCUCCCGCACAGGCAAACGCAUCGGACAAUACUACACGGCCGCGCAGCUCUCCGCCGCAGUGGUCGGACUAGUCUCAGCCGGCUUCCAGAAAAUGGACGGCGACCGCGGCCUCGUCGGCUUCCAAUGGAUGUUCCUCGUGUACGGAAUCAUCGCCAUCGCCGACGGCAUCGCCCUGCUGUGGUGGCUACCAGACCGUCCCUUAGCCCCAAGCCAACAACAACAACAACAACAACAACAGCAGCAGCAGCAGCAGCAGCAGCAACCACGAACGAAAACCAUCCUCCGCUGGAUACCCAUCCCGCGCUCCCCGCCCGCGCUCACAGGCCGCGACGCAGAACUGCAUUAUCGGGAUCUAACACGCGUGUACAACCGGCCCCGCUGGACGGCGCGCAAUCUCCUGCACGUCCUCCUCGACUGGCGCCUGUGGCCGCUGCUCGUGAUGUAUUUCGGGGUUGUCGGCGUGGGCAUUGGCGUGCAGAACUACGCCACGAUCAUCAUCGAGAGCAUAAACCCUUCGUUAUCGGGGAUUCAGUUGAGUUUGCUCACGGCUCCAAUUUGGCUGAUGGACCUAAUCGCCAUCCUCCUCAUCACCCCCAUCUCCGACCGCUUCCACCACCACCGCGCAAUCUUCUUCGUCGCCUCCGUCUGUCUCCAAAUCCUCGGCCUCCUGCUAACCACGUACGCCGGCACCGCGCCAAACCCCUGGCCGCGCUACGGCGGCCUGCUGAUCGUCGGCUUCGGGCUCGGCCCCACCGUGCCCAUCACCAUGACCUGGACCACCGAGAUCUUCCAGCCGCGCCACGGGGAAGUCGGCGUCGCUGCUGCGUCGGCCGUCGUCUCGGGCUGGGGCAAUCUGGGCAGCAUCCUCACCACGUAUGCGCUUUACGAGGGCUGGGCUAGCGAUGCUGCGGCUGAGGGGCGGGCCAAGUAUCGGAAAAGUAACCUGGUCAUGGUGGGGAUUCUGGGUGCGAGUAUUCUUGCUGCUGCGUUGAUGCAUGUGCUUGUGCGCGUGGUGGAUGGCGGGGGGACAAGUGCGGAAGAUGCUGGUGCCAAGAUUGUCGAUCGCGCGGCGAAAAGGGAGAGGCAGCAGAGAGGGUUUGACGGCUUGGGUCGCAUUUUUAGGGUUUGGAGGGGUUGAUUUAUAUAGACGCCAGUUAAAUGGUAAUCUUAAUAUAUAUAAAGAGCUACUGAGAUAUAUAUAUGUGCUCUGCUGUCUGCAGAGGUUGUCCAUUUCACUUGAUCUUCUAUGCUAUACGUAACACAUAACCCAUAUAAACAAUGAAAGAAUUAGA